AUGCCACGAAUAAUGAUAAAAGGCGGCGUUUGGCGGAAUACUGAGGAUGAAAUUCUUAAAGCGGCGGUGAUGAAAUAUGGGAAAAAUCAGUGGUCCCGAAUCGCUUCUUUACUUCAUCGUAAGUCGGCUAAGCAGUGCAAAGCUCGUUGGUAUGAAUGGUUGGAUCCUAGUAUCAAGAAGACUGAGUGGUCUCGAGAGGAGGACGAGAAGCUACUACACCUCGCCAAGUUGAUGCCAACUCAAUGGAGGACAAUAGCACCGAUCAUUGGACGUACAGCAGCUCAGUGUUUAGAGCGAUAUGAAUACUUACUGGACCAAGCUCAGAAGAAAGAAGAAGGUGAAGAUAUGGGAGAUGAUCCCCGUAAACUGAAGCCUGGUGAGAUUGAUCCUAAUCCAGAAACCAAGCCAGCAAGACCUGAUCCAAAAGAUAUGGAUGAAGAUGAAUUGGAGAUGCUCUCUGAAGCUCGUGCACGUUUGGCCAACACACAAGGUAAGAAGGCAAAGAGGAAGGCUCGAGAAAAGCAAUUAGAAGAAGCUCGUAGGCUUGCUGCCUUGCAGAAGCGAAGAGAAUUAAGUGCAGCUGGCAUUUCUGUUCCGAUGAGACGUAAGAAAAAGCGUGGCGUUAACUACAACUCUGAAAUUCCAUUUGAGAAGAGACCAGCUGCUGGUUUCUAUGACACCUCUGAGGAAGUGGUGGACCCAAUGGCACCUGACUUUUCAAGGCUUAGGCAGCAACAUUUAGAUGGAGAACUACACUCAGAGAAGGAAGAACGCGAUCGCCGUAAGGAUAAGAAUAAAUUGAAGCAGCGUAAAGAGAAUGAUGUACCCCAAGCAAUGUUACAAGGUGACCAGCCCGCGCGAAAGAGGAGCAAACUGGUGUUGCCAGAACCACAAGUUACUGAUCAGGAGUUGCAACAAGUGGUGAAACUUGGUCGUGCUUCGGAAGUGGCCCGUGAAUCUGCUGGUGGGGCUGGUGCACCUACUGAUGCGCUUUUGGCUCAUUAUGCUCUUACGCCUGCCCCAGCCACUGCGCUGCGCACACCUACUGCUCAGCAUGACAGAAUCCUGAUGGAAGCUCAGAACGUCAUGGCAUUAACCCAUGUGGACACACCUUUAAAAGGAGGGCUGAAUACUCCUCUUCAUGAGUCUGACUUCUCAGGAGCACUGCCUCAAUCACAAGCACUAGCUACACCGAACACAGUUCUGGCAACUCCCUUCAGGUCAUCACGCAGUGAAGUCUCGACCCCUGGCAGCUUCGCGACACCUGGACAUAAUCAGACACAACCUGGAUUAAUGACUCCAGGCUUAAGAGACAAACUGAGCAUAAACCCCGAUGAUGGUGUAAGUGCUGGUGACACUCCAGCCGAAAAUAGGCAGAUACAAAAACAAUUAAAAUCAACUGUACGCAACGCGCUUCUUUCGCUGCCGACACCCAGGAACGAUUAUGAAAUUGUGGUGCCCGAUCAAGACAAUGAAGAUCAGUCGGACAUGUCAAAUGACAUGGGGGUCGAAGAUCAAGCAGACGCUGACGCCAGGUUCGCUAAAGAACAAGAGGAAAAACGUCAAGCUGCGCUAGCUUUGCGCAGUGCAGCUAUCAGACGCGGCUGCGUCCGUCCCUCGCAGGUGUCGCCCAUGGGCGCGCGUGGUGCUGGUCCGCUGACCACACUACAGCGUGCUGAAGAGCUGCUGAAAGCUGAAAUGCUGACUAUGCUUCAUUAUGAUGCGUUGCAUGACCCCAAUGUACCAGUACCAAGCGAUAAGAAAUGGUCAGUGCAGCAACAAGCCUCUCACUUGGCGUAUCUAGAACAGCAUCCAUACGAGGAGUUCACGGCUGAUGAGUUGCAGCAGGCCCGAAACUUGCUUGAUAAAGAGAUGGAUGUCGUAAAGGCUGGCAUGGGGCAUGGAGAUCUUAGCAUGGAUGCCUAUACACAAGUUUGGGAAGAGUGCUUGGCGCAGGUUCUAUUUCUGCCAGGACAAAAUCGAUACACUAGAGCUAACUUAGCAAGUAAGAAGGACCGCCUCGAAUCAGCAGAGAAGAGACUAGAGCAGAACCGCGCUCAUAUGGCUAAGGAGGCGAAGAAGUGCUCAAAAAUGGAAAAGAAACUUAGAGUUUUGACUGGCGGUUAUCAAAGUCGUACUGCGUCACUAGUCAAGCAAUUCCAAGAGCUUCAAGACCAAAUUGAACAAGCCAACCUUGAGCUCUCCACUUUUAAAUUCCUUGCUGAACAGGAAAGGGCCGCUAUACCCAGAAGAAUAGAGUCGUUAACCGAAGAUGUAAAUCGUCAGACAGAACGAGAGAAACAGUUGCAAAAACGAUAUUCAGAACUUCAAGCUGACCUAGAAGAAAUACAUAAGAAAAAACAGGUCGUCGUCGAAAAUAAGACGGAGUAA